AUGCUCCAGCGCGGCGCGACGAUCGGCCUUCUGGGCGGCGGCCAGCUCGGCCGCAUGCUCGCCGAAGCCGCCGCCCGGCUCGGCUUUUCCGUCAUCGUCGUCGAUCCCAAUGAAGACUGCCCCGCCGCCCGCUUUUCCGACCGGCACAUCGCCGCCGCCUAUGACGAUCUGGACGCGCUCGACCGGCUGGCUGCACUCUGCGACGUCGUCACCUUCGAGUUCGAGAACAUCGAUCUGGGCGCCCUCGAGCACCUGUCCGGCAAGGUGCCCGUCCAUCCGGACGCCUGGGCGCUGCGCGUCACCCAGGACCGGCUGACCGAAAAGACCUUCCUGCGCGAGACCGGCAUCGAGACGGUCGAUUUCCAUGCCAUCGACGGUGCGCCGCAGCUUGCCAUGGCGCUCGCCGACAUGGGCGGGCGCGGCAUCCUCAAGACGCGCCGCUUCGGCUAUGACGGCAAGGGCCAGAUCCGGUUCGGCGGCGACAGCGAUCCGACACCCGAGGAGGCCUGGGACGCGAUCGGCGGCGCGCCGGCCAUACUGGAGGCGCUGGCCGGGUUCGACUGCGAGAUCUCCGUCAUCGUCACGCGCGGACGGAACGGGGAAACCCACGAGUUCGAGCCCGCCCGCAACGAUCAUGAGGGCGGCAUCCUCGCCCGCUCGACCGUGCCGUGCGGCCUCGAUUCCAUCGUCAUGGCCGACGCGAUGGAAAAGACCCGCGCGCUCGCCAGCCGGCUGCGCUAUGUCGGCACGCUGGCGCUCGAAUUCUUCGUCAUGGAAGACGGACGGCUGAUCGGCAACGAGAUCGCGCCGCGCGUGCACAAUUCGGGCCACUGGACGGAAGCGGCCUGUUCGGUCAGCCAGUUCGAACAGCACAUAAGGGCCAUUUCCGGCUGGCCGCUGGCCGAGAGCUACCGCCAUUCAGACUGCGUGAUGACCAAUCUGAUCGGCGACGACAUCACCAAGCUGCCCCAAUGGGCCGCCGACGGCGCCGUCCGCGUCCACGAUUACGGCAAGCGCGAAACCCGCCCCGGCCGCAAGAUGGGCCAUGUGACACGGUUGGUGCCGCGGUAG